AUGGUGGCUUAUGGUGGUGUGGAUGCACUUAUUUGGCUUUGUCGUUCUUCUAAAAGUAUUCGACUCCAUCAUCUUACUACCACCAUUUUAGCCAUGUUGGCAGAAAAGGAAUCGAUUCGACCUGUCAUUAUCACCAAAUGGGCAUUGCCCCCUCUUUUGUUUCUUGUCCGCUUUUAUACCACAGAUCAUAAAAAAUCCCCAGCCAAUUCAAUUCAUUCCAGCAUCACACCUACAUUGACAAACAGUAAUAUACCUUCCGACACAACACAGACUUCUGAGUCUCGACAAAGUAUUGUGUUGGAAAUCGUGAUUAACUGCACUCAUAUCUUGUAUCAACUCUCAAGAGCAGGUAUUCUCAGUCAAAAGGAAUUAGUAUCGGAUGGUGUGUUCGAUACCUUACUCAACUUGGCUGGUUUUCAUAUCCAGAAUCUACAGUAUGAAAAAGGAGUUGUAGAGGGUUCACCUAUUCCUACCAACAGUGAUGAUGAGCAGCAACUUCAUGAGCGUGUCAAUAUCAUUCAAAGUCUUGCUGCAAAAGCCAUUUCAGCCAUUAGUUCAUUGGUUUCAUUCCAGCCUACCAUGAUUGAAUUGAUUGAAGGCACUGAUCGGUUAUCGAGUUUAUUGAGAUCUCAGAAUGCAGAAGUACGUAAAUAUGUGGCCAAAACAAUUGCUUAUUUAUCACUUCGAAAUGAUAAAUACAAGCCAACACUUCUUUAUGGUGAUGGAUCUAAAGCACUUGUAUCUAUUCUAGCUGUGUUACCU